AUGGAUUCUUAUAGAAGAGCCAUUGUUAACCUCAGCGAUGAGCAGCAUCCCAACUACCGUCUCACCAAGCUGAACGACGCUUCUAAGUUCUUCUCGAUGCUCCCUAAAGAAGUCCGACUCAUGAUUUACGAAUAUACGGUAUAUGUCAGUGAAGAGAUUCGACCAAAGCAAUUCGAGUCCCGCUCAAACAAGUUCAUAUGCUGCAUAUCCGCGCCUACUAUGCAAAAUCGCCUAUGCCGACAACAGCCGGCUGUUGUUUCGCUUGCUCGCGUAUGCCGAGCCAUAUAUGCUGAGCUUGAACACUUUCAGCCGUUCUACAAGGUCAACAAGUUCUAUUUUACGGAAUUGAUCGGGCUUCGUAAAUAUCUUGCGGCUAUUAUACCGUCUCGUCGUCAAGCAAUCCGUCGGGUCGACUUCAAGGUGGAUAAUUGGUUUGACCGCUGGCUUCUAAGCAAGCGAAUAUUUCAUGACAGCCCUACAUACCCUCUGGACCACGGCACGUUGGUAAUUCUUAGUCAAACCAGCCUCGAAGAGUUUACCUUCAUUGAAGAAAUAUCCGAUCUACCUCCAGGCACAGUCGCCGCCGACGUGUUGCGCACGAAUCUCAACCGGGUCUUGGAAUAUCCUGACGGAUUGCACACCAUACGGAAUCUGCCUUGCUUCCGACUGGGAUUCGUCCUUGAGUCUCCGGACGAGACCACUGAUAAGUUGAUAAAGGAAAUCGACGGAGCAUUGGCGACCCGCAGGCAACGCAUUGGUACAGAUAGACCCGAAUGGUUUAAGCAGUUGAAUAACUUUAGGUCGACAGAAAAAGCCCUGCGCGAAGUCUGCGGUCUCGAUAUUCUAGGCGAAGAUCGAGUAACUCUAGAUAGAGCUGCUAGUUAUUUUGGUACUAUCUCUUCUCGGACAAGGAGUAAAUGCCAACUACCUAACUCAGAAGGCCAAAUACUUAAGAAUAUACCAAGAUACAGUGCAGAUGGUAUCUUGACUUCUUAUAUUUACGGAAUACACGAUAUUCGUUGGAAUGGAACGGAUGUGCAGUGCCAAGUCUCGCACAAGUACGAAGCCAAGGUCUGGGAGGAUAUCUCUGCUAUCCUUACCCCUGACAAUGUAUAUACCAUUAUAAGGUUCUACAAUGGUCUAAUAAAGGAAACAGACUCUAGCCGCUUAGAUGAGGUUAAAAACAAGCCGACCUUGCGCGAUAUUCUCGACAUUCAAGGGGGUUUUCAUUUUAUUCAGCAUACUGGGGCAGAGGGUUAUAGAAAACAGAGACUGUCUUUCAUGAGAGAAUAUUGGUUGGAAUCUGCAAACCGAUGGGACGCUUACAUAACCGGCCUGGAAAGGGUGGGAACCUUGGGGGAACAGAAAGAAGAAGCAACUCAGGAAGCCAAAGGAAGGACCCGAAAAAGAGGCUGA